UAAAUUUUCCUCGCCAUUAUUGACGAGUGAUUGGUUUUUGUGCAGUUUAUCUUAAUUCUAACGUCUUUAAAAUUUUAGACAUUAUAAUACAAGAUUAGGUUGCAAAAUGAAAAUCGAAGAAGUUAAGAGUACUGCUAAAACCCAAAGAAUAUCGGCUCAUAGUCAUAUUAAAGGCUUGGGGUUGGACGAAAAUGGGGUACCUAUUCAAAUGGCAGCCGGUCUCGUGGGCCAAGAAUCUGCUAGAGAGGCUGCCGGAAUAGUAGUAGAUAUGAUAAGAAGUAAGAAGAUGGCUGGCCGAGCAUUGCUUUUGGCAGGUCCUCCUGGUACUGGGAAAACAGCUAUUGCAUUAGCUAUAGCUCAGGAACUAGGUAACAAAGUGCCAUUCUGCCCUAUGGUCGGGAGUGAGGUUUACAGUACAGAGAUAAAAAAGACUGAAGUUCUAAUGGAGAACUUUCGCAGAGCCAUUGGUCUCCGUAUUCGGGAGACUAAGGAAGUAUUUGAGGGUGAAGUUACAGAGCUUACACCAGUGGAAACAGAAAACCCUGGUGGAGGAUAUGGGAAAACAGUUUCACAUGUUAUAAUUGGUUUGAAAACGGCAAAAGGUACAAAGCAAUUGAAGUUAGAUCCCACCAUAUAUGAGUCACUGCAGAAAGAAAAAGUAGAAGUAGGAGAUGUCAUCUAUAUUGAAGCUAACUCUGGUGCAGUAAAGCGCCAAGGACGAAGUGACACUUUUGCUACGGAAUUUGAUCUUGAGGCGGAAGAAUAUGUCCCAUUGCCAAAAGGUGAUGUUCAUAAAAAGAAGGAGGUUGUACAAGAUGUUACUCUACAUGACUUGGACUGUGCCAACGCCAGACCACAGGGAGGUCAUGACAUUAUGUCAGUCAUGGGUCAGCUAAUGAAGCCAAAGAAAACUGAAAUUACAGAUAAAUUAAGAAAAGAGAUCAAUAAAAUAGUCAAUAAAUAUAUAGACCAAGGUAUUGCAGAGUUGGUUCCCGGUGUUCUCUUCAUUGAUGAGGUUCACAUGUUGGAUAUAGAAACAUUCACAUAUCUGCACCGCGCGUUGGAGUCAGCCAUCGCUCCUAUUGUCAUCUUUGCUACUAAUCGGGGACGCUGUCAAAUAAGAGGCACAGAAGAUAUAAUAUCUCCACAUGGAAUACCUCUAGAUCUUUUGGACAGACUGUUGAUUAUUCGUACUUUACCUUACAAUAAAGCUGAGCUCUUACAGAUUCUAAAGUUACGCGCAACCACGGAAGGCAUAGCAAUUGAAGAAGAUGCCUUAGCAGCUCUCUCGGAAAUUGGUGCCAAUAGUACAUUGAGAUACGCGGUGCAGCUGCUGACGCCGGCGUGGCUGUCGGCGCGCGCGGAGGGCGGGGCGCGCAUCGCGGCGCCGCACGUGGCCGCCGUGCACACGCUCUUCCUCGACGCCAAGUCCUCCGCGCGCAUCCUCACACAGCACUCCGAUAAGUACAUGAAGUAGUGUUGUACUAAAAAAGUAUUGCCUUUCACAUAAUGUUUGCGCCGUUUUGUAACGUAUGUUCUCAUGCAAAAAUUUUUUUUAAUAUGAAUUUUCACUAAAGAAAUCGCGAAUUUAUUUUGUACUAGCGGUCAGCCACCGAAUG